AAGAGCAACCUUACCUUAUAAUGAGGGCAUGUUAUAAUGUUAUGCAGCAAGGCUGUACCGGUGUACCGGUUCCGCUGACCCCAUUGGAUGUCUGCUAGUUGGAUAAGUGAUCCGCAUCGAUGUCAUCGAUGUGCACGAGCCUGAAAACAAGUCUGUGAACACGGGAUGUCGCUGCUGUGUCCGCGCUGACGUUUACAAUCACCAUGGAAACGAUGGGGUCGGACGAGGCUACGGCGACUCCGACAAUCACAGAGGAGAACAAGCUGCUUAUUGAAAACGUCGAGGAGUUAAAGCUCUCUAAUGGAUUCCUUCGGGAAGAGCACGCGAUGCUGGAGGCAUUCAUCCGCCGCCAGGGGCCUCAGGAGACAGCUCCCCAUGGGCCUCACGAGACGGCUCCCCAGCCCCCAGGGGACCCAGCUAUGGCUGAAGGCUCCCCUCAGCCAGCCAGGAACUUGGACUUGCGGCAGAAAAUAUACAUCGCCCAGAAGGAGAUGGAGGAGACUAAGAGAGACAUCAAGGAAGCCCAACGACGCAAUGAAAUCGACAAGGCUGUCAUGGAGGAAGCGGGGUUGCGUCUCUCCGAGAUCCGGAGGCAGAAGUUUGAAUUUGAGCGCGACGUGGUGAAACCUCUGGAAGAGAACAAAGGCCAGAUGGACGUGGAGAAGGUCCUGGGCUACAUCGAGGACGGCAUCAAGAGGAAGGAAGCACAGGUGGAAAAGCAUCGUUUGAAAAACAAGUCGAAGGUCCGAGGACGCAAGCCCCAACUUAAGCUCCAACAGGAGCAGGACAUGGAUGAGGACCUGAAAGAGGUCAACAUGGCGCUGCUGAAGAUCAAGAACAGUCAGCACAAGGAGAAGACUGCCGAGUGUAAGAGGGAACUACUGAUACCCAAGCAGCGGGCCUUUACCGCACAGAGGAACCUCAGCUCAUACAAGAACAAGCUGCAGAAUGCAACACUUGAGUCAGAGGAGCUAAGCCGUGACAUCACCAAGAGGCAAGAGACACUGGCGAAGAUCGAGGAAGAGACUCAACGAGUCGAGAAGGAAUGUGCCAAGGAAAAGGCCCUCUGUGAGAAGCUGCGUUUCCAGCUGGACGACUGCAGCGUGCCCGAUGUCAUGGAAUACAUCCAGGUCAAGGACCGGCACAAGAGACUGCAGCGCACCUUCCACGUAUGGGAGAGGAAGGUGGAGCUCUCUGAGAGGGCGUUGAGGAGCUACACCAAGGCCUGGAAGAGAGAGAAAGCAGACGUUGCCAGUGUAGACCACACAGAGGCUAGGGCCAGUCCCGGGCACCCCAUGGCUGUUUUGAGGCUCCCCAAAAUAAACUAACCCAGAUGUUGGACACUAUGGCCGACACAAUAUAUACGUGUUGAUGUUUAUUGAAUGCAAUUCAUUAAAAAAAACAAGUUACAUCCAGUAUAUGUACAUGCAGUUGACACUUCGUGCCCUCCAUGAAAUGUUCGAUCCACUUUUGUGCCCUCAUUUGCAAAAAACCGAGGACAAUUCGUCUUGAGAUAUCGACUUGCAGCCAAUGAUGCAGUUCAUAUUUGAUUAUUCUGAUUCUGAAGGCUGACAGAGGCUAGGGGCAGUCCUGGGCACCCCAUGGCUGUUUUGAGGUUCCCCAAAAUAAACUAACUCAGACGUUGGACACUAUGGCCGACACAAUAUAUAUGUAAUGUUUAUUGAAUGCAAUUCAUAUGGUGAACACACAAACCCACAUCGACAAAAUGAGGGAGUUAAGCAGGGAUGAGUGGAGACACUUUGCAAUGUAAAGCAUUAUAGAUGAAUUUCUGCAGUCCAUGUCUACUAGUAGCAAUGCUUCGACGGAGCACUGCCUUGUCUACAUAGAAAAAGGAUAGUCAUAACCCUUAUCUUGGAUCCUGCAUUCCCACUAUCUAUAGCUAGGUUAUAGAUAUGAAUCUAAAGUCUGAUUUGUGAGACUGUACAUUGGAGACUAUACACACAUAUAAAGGAGAAGGGGAGCUGUUUCAAUUCACUCAAUAUAUAGCAUUCAAAUUUGGACACUGGUAUAUUAAUAUUUUCUUCUGAAUAAAACAUCUUUACAAAG